CGGAAGCGGCGUCCCGGCCCCGCGGGUUCGCGUCCGCCCGCGCCCGGCGGCGGGGCCGGAGCGGGGCCAGAACGGCUGAGGGGCGAGAGCGGCGGCGGGGCCGCGAGGGACAUGGGCCGGCCGCGGGGCUGAGCAGCGCCGCCCGCCAUGAGCUGCACCAUCGAUAAGAUCCUGACGGACGCGCGGACGCUGCUGGAGCGGCUGAAGGAGCACGACACGGCGGCCGAGUCGCUCAUCGACCAGUCGGCCGUGCUGCACCGGCGCGUGGCCGCCAUGCGGGAGGCGGGCGCGGGCUGCGCCGACCAGGUGAGCGCGGCCGGGCCGACCCCCGGCAGGGCCCGGGCGGGGCGGCCGGAACGACCCCCGCGUGUCGGUAGGCCCGAGGCGGCCGGACCGACCCCCGUGUCUCCCCGGCAGGGCCCGGGACCCGCGGCGGAGCGGCCCGACCCGUCCCGGCUGCGGCCGCACGUGGUGCUGGCACAGGAGAACACGCAGAUCCGCGACCUGCAGCAGGAGAACCGCGAGCUGUGGGUCUCACUGGAGGAGCACCAGGAUGCGCUGGAGCUCAUCAUGAGCAAGUACAGGAAGCAGAUGUUACAGCUGCUGGAAGGGAGGAAACGGGAAGAUGCAGAACCAGUCCUGAAAGUCCAUCAGGCUAAUUCUGGGGAAAUUGAAAGUCAAAUAGACAGAAUAUGUGAGAUGGGAGAGGUGAUGAGAAAAGCUGUUCAAGUGGAUGAUGAGCAGUUCUUUAAAGUUCAGGAGAAGCUGGCUCAGUUGGAGCUUGAAAACAAAGAGCUGCGUGAGCUGCUGUUGAUCAGCAAGGAGUCCUUCGAGGUGGGGAGAGAAGAUCUGCCAGACUGAAGCCCAGGCCACACCAACCUCAUGUCCAAAGCCUUCAGGAACUGUUUUGAAACUACCUGACAAGGAUUUGUUGUUCCAGGUGUUUCCUUGUAUAUUUGUUUUAUCUAUAAAGCGUGUGGGCUGUGUUCUCUGCAUUUUUCUGAAGUGUUGAUGGCAAAAGCUUGCACCCUGCUCUUAGUACCUGCAGCACUUGGAUGCUUAACACUGAAGUAUUUGAUGUGUCCUCCCUUGUGAUGGCUCAUUUCCUCUCCCUUUGUUAUUUUUUAUGAGCUUUAGUUAAUAAUUCCAGCUGUGCAGAUGGCUCUUAAAUCCACCUUGUCUGUAGCUAGAGAACAUAAUGCAGGUUGUGAUUGUUGUGCUUGAUAGAAGGAACAGGAGAUGAUUGAGGAACCACAGUGUGAGAGGCAGGGAUGUGGUUUGCUCUGGCUGGGCUCUGCAGGGUGAGGGACCCUCAGUGUCUGAAUGGCCUGGCUUUGUCACCUGGCCUGGCUUUGUCACCUGGCCACUGCUGAGAGCACAGCAGAUGCCAGCAGAGCACCUGAAGGAGUCACUCCUAUUCAGAGCAGACUUUACCUUGUUUUAGGGGUGAAGAUUGGAGUUAACAUCCCUUCCUGACACACACAUUUUUUGAAGGAUUAAUCAUUGUUGAUAGCUAGACCUGUCCCAGCCUUCCCAGUGCUCCCAUUUAGCAGCCAGCCCUGCUCAGAGCCUGCCAGAGCACAGCACCUGCAGAUCAAAGCUCUUUGGCCUCCCAAAAAUGUGGGUUCAGGCAGAGGGAGCUCAGGUCUGCCUCAAACCCAAACCAAAUCCAAACCAAACCACCCUCAUGCACAGAAUUUUAAUGUCACAUCACAGGUGAGUCUGGUGUUCCAUUGUUACUGCAGGUCCUGUGUUGAGUGGAAUUAGAGGUGCAGUGUUGUGGGAGUUUCUCAGUACUGUGGUAUUUUUAAUGACAUUUUUAUAUAAAAGAUUUCUGGCCUACCUGUGAUUGAAAAAUAAUCUUGCAAGAAUGGUAAACAUCUCCUGUCCAUUAUUAGCUCAAAUUUUUGAUGGCAUUUUUUCCCCAAGUGAGACUUUUGAUAGAUGCAGAAGGUGACUCGUUCCUGUGCUUACUGAGGGACAGUGAACACUGGAGACAUUGUGAACAUUUGGAAUAUCCAGCUAGACAGGUAGAUAUAAGGGGUUUCUGUACAGGAGUGCUCUUGUAUACAGUCCUUUUCUAUUCGAAAUUGUUCAGGAGGGAAUAAAAAACCCAAUGGGAAAUACUU